UCUACUUGUCCAAAUGUUGGUUAUUUUAGUCUACAGCUGUUGGAUCUGAAUUGAUAACACGAAGUAAGUAAAUGUAUAUCUCGCUAAAUUGAAGAAAGUGGAAUUUUUCUGGAUCACAAACAGCCUUAGCUUUUGUUUUGAAGUUUCUAAAUGUAUUUUAGACUGAAGUUGAUGCCAGCAUGUGGAAGUAUCAGCAUCCUGACUUUGCAUUAUUCCUACUUGGUGAACUUCAGAAGCAGCAGCAGGGAAGCAUCUUCUGUGACACUCUUCUACAGACAGAGGGUGUCUGUGUUCCUGCUCACAGCUGUGUGUUAGCUGCUCUAAGCCCCAUCUUCUCAAGAAUCCUUUCCACUUCAUCUGCUCCACAUGCGGGGCAGAACAGGCUUCUGAGCCUUGAGGCUGUAGGAUCUCAUGCCUUACUGAAGCUAGUUGGGUUUCUGUACUCAGGGGAAAUGGAGAUCGAGAGUCGGAGCGAACAUGAGGAAGUAAUGGCUGCUGCCCACAGACUUGGACUUAGAAACCUUUUUUCAAAAAAGAGAGUGUGGGUAGACAGAGGAGUUGUGGAUGUUGGGAGUUGUUGGAAAGAGACUGGUGUACGGACAGAAGACAGCGUGAAGAGCCAGGAAAGUGAAACCGUGUCUGAACCUUUGAAGAUACAGAGCAGUACUGCUUCAGUGACUUCAGUGCAACCUUGUGGCUUGUUGGAGCCUGAUUUGCCACCAUCAUCGUUUUUGGAAGAAGUUAGUCCAACUAGAGGUUUAAAUUUGAUCAGUAAUGCCACUGUUCCUUCCCUCGCUGACAUGACAGAAGCAUCGAUAGCAGACCAUCAUAAAACAAAGGCUAAGAAAAGGUGGAAAAUGGCAAAGAGAGAAAGCCAAUUAAAAAAAUUAACUCGUCAACAAAACCCGAUAAAGCUUCUUAAUGUUGAAGGGACCAAAUCAAACCAAAUUGGAGUGGUGGAAAAAAGUAGGAAUGUUUCAGGCAAAGACUUCCAAAAGCUUUUAGAGGCAGAUAAUGGACAAAAAAACACUACUACUGAACAGAAAGAGGCCAAACUGGACCAGCUUAAAGUAAAGAUAAAACUGAGCAGAAGGAGUGGAGCUUGCUGGGAAAGUAACCUCCUCGUUUCCGUCCAGGGUGAGAGUGAGAAGAUGCCAGAAGAAGCAAAAGAGUGUGGACCACGAACUCAGAGCUGCCCAUCUAGUGUGAUUCCUGGUCAAAGUCUUGGAACUCUCACCACACAGACGGACCUGCCUAUUUCACCCUCUAAUUCCUCCACGCAUGCCUCUUCAGAUAAAUGUCUUCGUACUCCACAUGACAUUUCUGUCUCUUCCCCUUUGGAUAUACCAACAUUAUCUUCCAGCCCUCCCCAAGCAGACGAAUCGGAUGAACAUAUUGCAAUGCUCUUGGAGGAUAUGUUCAUGAUGGGUUUAAACAUCCUUCCGUUGGUGCCAUUAGACAGAAAUCUGAAUGAGCAAGAUCAGCCAGGUCCUCUUCAGGAACAAAAAGAUGGGCAAAAGGUCGCUGAGGCCUCUACUCAAGGUGCUUGUCUUUUGGUGCAAAGUUGUGAGCCAGAGAUGAGGGAAUCUGAUGUUAGCAACAAGACAGCAACACCAGUUGGUUCUUCAGGACAAAGAGAUGAAGACCACUCAGGCUUUCACAAUCAGUCAAAAUCCAAUACAGUCGUACGCCUGACCCAGUCACCUAAACAGGACCACUUGAACCAAGUUCAGAAUCUGGCAACUGCAUCAAGAAACUCUCCCCCAUCACUUAUAGAAGGCUUGAGUUUAAUCCCAAAAGCCACAGCUGUCCCAAACUCUGUUGCAACUGGUGAAAUGCCUAGCCUUGUUAUGACCGGCAUACCUGAUGAUAGGCCAGAUUUCAAACUACUACAAUGCCUUUCCCCCCUUGAAUCAGAAAAAGGAGACAGUGAUGUUCCAUCAAAACAAGAACCAUCAAAACCAUCACACAUGCAAGACUCUGAAACACAAAACUUUCCCUUGUGGCUUUCUGAAUCACCACUGAUUUUGGACUUCCCUCUAAGCUCAAUGAUUGAUAUUUCCUGCCCACGUCCGCAGCAUGACCUCAACGCCUGCCAAAAUCGAUCAUGCCCUGACCUUGCAGAAUGUCAGGAAUUAAAGACUUCCCUUUCACAUAAUAAUGUAAUCAGUGGGAGUAGCUCAAACUUCAUUCAGCCUGGUGUGAGCGAUGCUAGUGAGCGUCCUAAACAGAGAAAGACGAGAAAACGGAGGAUUGCAACUCGAAAGUCAAAAGUGAAAGGGGACACGGAGUGCCAAAACCUAGAAAACGGGGAUCAGGUUCAACCGAGGAUAUCCAAAUGUGAUGAGCCCCACUCCGGAGACAUUAAGCCAUCAAAUUCUGACACAUAUGGAAUCAGUACCCGAAUGACCAGUGCAAGCACAAGAGUAGCUGCGGCUAUGAAGAGAAGACGAGAAAUUACUUCACCUCUCAGUAAGAAAAUGCCUCUGUUAGACGCCGCCAGUAAACAACAUCUCACUGGUGUUGUAAAACGUGGUCGUGGCAGACCACCUAAAUCCAAAACAACUCCUGUAGCUCACUUGUGUAACAACGCAAAGAAAAUGCCCACUUCAGGCCAAGAUGAUUGUGAAGUGGAAAAAACUAAGACAGACAAUAAGAUUGAACAGGGGAGUAAGCAAGAACCAAAUACACAGCAGGAGAAAGACUCAACAGAAAUGGAAGAAGCAGAUGUUAACUGCAAUUCUGCACAGGCAACGCCGAAUUCUCACUUUAAAUAUGCUGGCCAGGCGAAGGGACCAAGUAUCCUUGAUCAAAUUUUCCACCAGGCUCUUUCAAGUGUUGCAAGUCCCGCAUGUAAUAGCUCUCUGAAUUUUGAUCAGCAGCUAACAUCAAGCCUGCGAGACUCGUCUUUUAGCCUUCAAAAAUUCCAAGGAGGGAAAAGUGAUAACGUUAAUAGUAAAUUAGUGAUGAAUAGCAGUGAACAGAUCAAAAAGGGCAUUUGUGGGGAGAAAAAAGCAGAGAUGUCUAUCCUGAUAAACGAAAAGAAAGACGUGGAGGUAUCUGACAAUCAUGCAAGGUCACCGUUGUCAUGUGGAGACAUGCCAGAUAAUGUGAAAUAUUCAGGUAAAGACGGAGAUAUUUCCAUGGAGGAGAACUCAAGUAGAACAGCCACUGUUUUACAGAAUAGUGAUUUCCAAAAUGAGAUGGGAAAAGACAUUCAGGACCAUACAACUGGGAUUUCUGUCCUGUUAACAUCUGAGGAGGAAAUAAUGAAGGACGCCAUGUCACCUGAUGGGGAUAUUGAUGAUGCUGAUCAUGAUUGUUCACCCACAAAGACGGACUGUGUUGUUACUACCAAUGAACUGACAGUGAUGGAGGGAAUAGAAAUGAAUUUCUGUUUGAAUCCUGAUAUUACACAAGCAGAACAUGUCAAAAAUGGCUUGGAAACUACAGUUUCUAAUGAGUGUUCAUUUGAGAUGACAUCAGAUAGUGAAAAGAAAGUUCAGGCAGCACAUGGUGUUGACCAAGAGGAUUUAGGUUGGAACAAAGACGAUCAGAUGAAAGACGAUCAGAUGAUAGAAGAAACGGGAGAAGAAUCUGAAGUUCUGAGAGUACAUACAUUUGCAAAGGAAUACGAGGGACGUUGGGAAACCACCAAUUGGUCGGAUGAUGAUUAUAUUGAUGUGGAGGGGGUCCAACACAGUGCUGAGAUGUUCGAUGGACAAACCCUUUUGGAGGAAGAGGAAUUGAGUCAAGGACACAUCGCAAGUGCUAAGACUGCAGAUGAUCCUUCAAAAGGAGAUUUUCCUCAAGAAAUAAGCACAGAUGCUCCUUCUGUCCAAACUGAAGGUUCAAACGUUCACAGCCCCGAUGUGUGCAAUGAAGAUGUCUCAAUGGAGCUGUCCGUUGGGGGCGAUUCCGAAUCAAAAGAUGACUGCCACUUAGAUGAAGAAGAUAUUGAAGUAGAUGUUCUAGGGGAGUCUGUUGAAGAGUUUCCAUUAGGGCUUUUGGCAGCUGGACAGGUUGUCACUCUGCCUAUUGAGGGUCUUCUGGACCAAGAGGACGAGUUGGAUACCACUGAAGAAGAGGAGGUAGAUGUCACUGGAGAAGAGACAGAAUGAAAUGUUAUGUUUAUGUUAAGCAUACAUCUUUCACAUUUUGAAGUCAAUAGCAGAUGUUUGAAAGUUCUCAAAACCUAAAGUUUAACACAUCCAAUGGUGAGAAAUCUCUUUUUUGUCAGUUUGAUGUUACUAAAGUGAAUUGGCACCUUAAUUUAUUUUUGACUGUCUCAUACAUGUAUAAAGUUACAUAUAAAAUUAUGUAAAUUAAAAUAAAUGUCUAUAUUAUAUA